UAAUCCUAGAGAGGCGUGAGGGGAAGGACUGAUGGAUUGUCUAGAUGCGCCCACCGACCUAUCUUGUAACGUGCAAGGGACUGUACUGUUGUCCAGCUUUUACAUUUUGUUCCCUUGAAACUCGCGAGUUGCUACCCCUGCCCAUUAUGGCGCAAGUUGUUGUGCUUUCUUCCCUAUGGAGAUACUUUCAUAAAAUCGUGAUAGCUGGAAUUUUACUUUGUUUACUCUUGUGGAUCCUUAUUUACUAUUCAUCAAAUUCAAUUUCAAAAUCAUCAUCUAGCCUGUCAAAGACUGAAUUUGUACAUGUUCAUGAUUUUCUGGAGAAUAAAGACAGCGAUGUGAAACCGAAGUCUGAAAUCGCGACCACUCUGCCUCUCAUAAACGAAAGCUUUAUAUCCGAGUCCGAAAAAUUUUGGGAAAUAUCUCAGGAUCAAGGAGAGGAUGACAUAUUUGUUUUAAUUCCGCUAACAAAUGCCCGGGUGAAUCGCAACCUUCAGACGAAAUUUGAAGUAUGUGUGUCUUCUAUGUCACAUUUGUCGUCUGCUGUCAUACAUCUAUACGUUAUAGGAGACCAGGACAGCCGUAACAUUGCUCGCUCUUUCGUCGCAACUAUAAGCAAACAGAAUGUUAAGCUGACCUUGUUAGACAUCGAUGUGCUUGCCAAACAAAUGGACAAACUGAUCCGAGUGAUGCAACAACAUUUCACCUACAACGCAGACAGCUACUACAGCCAGACUCUCUUCUUUCUUUCAACAUUCAUGCAUGUAUUAACCCCUCGAUCAUUGCAUCGCCUCAUCAUGCUUGAUGCUGACCUUCAGUUCCGAGCAGAUGUCAAGCAUUUGAAUGAAUUAUUUAGACAGUUUGCUCCUGGAAAUGUCAUAGGCAUAGCUUAUGAGAUGCAGCCAGUGUAUAGACAUGUACUAGCAAAGUACCGUCAAGCACAUCCAGAAACACCAGCAGGAGCUCCAAAACCCUCUGGCAACCCUGGCUUCAACAGUGGCGUUCUGUUGCUUAACCUGGACGAAAUGCGUUUGUCUCAACAGUACAAUAGCUUACUCUCAGCAGAUGUGGUGCAGAAAUUGGCAGAAAAGUAUGCUUUCAAGGGACACCUUGCUGACCAGGACUUCUAUACCCUGAUAUCUCUUGAACACAUGGAACUGUUCUAUGUCCUGCCAUGCACGUGGAACAGACAGCUGUGCCAGUGGUGGAGAGAUAAAGGUUAUGAAGAUGUGUUUGACCACUACUUUUCAUGUGAAGGAGAUGUGAAUAUUUAUCAUGGCAACUGCAACACUCCAUUUCCAUCUCCCUAAAUGUGUAAUUGCUUUUACAUCAGAGAACAUCAGACUAAAUCUGCUUGCAUAUUAAGAUAUUAUUACCCAUGCAGCUUUUUCAGUGACAAUGGUAAUGACUAACUUUAUUAAUCCUAGUGGGUAGUUAUACUCAGGAAGUAUGCCCAGAUACAAAAAUAAAACAAUAAGCAAAACAAGUGCUAGUUACAAGAUAAAGAUGAGGACAAGAUCGGGUGACAAGAUGAGGUUGUGCAUCAUAGAAAACUUAUUUUUAAAAAAAUGGAAUCUCACAGCUUGACCAUUAUUAAGACACACCUACAUUAUGACACAUAUACAACUGGCAGUUCAUCUCUGGCUGAGCAGCUGGACUGCUCAAUAAAAUUAAUUCUCCAUGUACAUAUUCAGCACACAAGGAAAUCAGCUACAAAAUUUAGUAACUGAUUGCCACAAUCUUACUUAUGCUCUUGCAGCAAGGUUAACAAUGUGGUGUCAUCUGAGAAUUUAACAAUGUAGCUUUUUUCUUCAGUGCUUCUGCAGCUGUACAUGAUAUAAAACUGUGUUUGUGUAUGAUAUUGGUAAUGUUUUCCUUGGAUUGACGAUCCUUUGUAAAUUAUGCCGUUGUAUGAUGCAGGUUAAUGUACUUUGAUUUAUUCCAAAUUAACACUAGUGUCUCUGUGGUCAUUCACCUCUUUUAACACAAAACCCAGGUUUUAUUUGACCAAUUUUUUUCAUUCCUUAAUUUUUAUUUAUGGUGCAGAGAACAUGGAUUUUACUUAGCAUAAUUUUUCCUUUAAGGCAUUAACUACAUACUAUUUAGCAGAUUCUCUUCCAGCUGAACAUUCUUGAAUCUAGAUCAGGGGUGGGCAAACUACGGCAUGUGUGCUGGAUCCAACCGGUGGAUGUCUUUGGACCAGCCCAUCUGCCAAAAUGUGGAGGGCACUUGUUUGACAUAUUUUUAUUCAGCCUUUUGAUUGAAAUUUAAUUUAUCAAGCACAACACAGUUAGAAAUUGGCUGUCUCUAAAUGUAACAUUCUAACAAAGUACAAAGAUAACACUAGAGUGACGUCCUUUCACCUAGCAGGUUUGAGGGAGGCGGCUUUCAGCAAUUUUUUUAUUUUUAUUAGUUUGUAAAUUGUUUUUGGUGCCCAUUGUGUAAGCUGGUGAUUUUUUCUGUGUUUCAUUGCUGCACAGGACUGUCUUCAAAGGAAAGGCUGGUUUUAAAGUUUUAUUGUGAGCUAACAGCUUCACUUUACACAAUAAAUUCAGUUAAGGAAUGUCAAUAUGUACUCAUUUGUUAUCCAUUCCAUUAUCAGUAGGUUUGUUUUGUAGUCACCUGUAGUGGAUAUUUUGGUAUUUUACUGCCCCACUGCAUAGCUUAGAAUAUUGAGAGCCUGCAAAAAGAAAUCCUAGCCUUACCGCUCUAGAUGAUAUAUUUACAAAAAUAUUUGUGCUGGUAUUUUAUAUGUUGAAUGUCGCUUUGAUGCAUGGGGUCCAGGUGAGCACAUUUCAGAUCUGCUUUCUCCAUACAUUUCAUAUUGCCAAGCACAACUUUCAUACUUUGUAUGUUAUGUUCUACAUGUGAAUAUAGGAGAAUGCUUAGGUAAUGUAAUAAGUGGUAUUCAAGGUGAAAUAGGCUCCAGGAGACUGCUACGAUGUACAGUAAUAUUACAUUUUUAUUCAGAACUACUUUGCACUUGUUUUAAGGGAAGCGGGGAUAAGAAAAUAGUGUGCAUAGGUGUAUGUCUGCACCACUUAUGAAAGUGAAAUGGGUUGUUUGAGUUAAGUAAAGUACUGAUAAAUGCAAUCUCCUGGACAUAGAUUUUUUCCAACAAUGGUCACAUUGUAUUUGUGGUAUACACUCAAAUACUAAACCAUACCUUUCACAUGCAACAAAGAUACAAGCUGAGGAUCAAAUUGCAUUUUAUAUAAGUAGACAAUUUAUUCAUAUUCUUUAUCUUUCUCAUAAUUGACAGUAUACAAUUUGGGUAACAAUUCAGAGACUGUCCCUUAUUUUGGAAUUUAAGCUAGUCAGAGUUGAACCUUUCAACUGUCCUACAUUGUAGGAUGAUUCUAUGAUCACUACAAAUGUAACACAAGAUGUCUUUCAUAUGCCUUUCAAUGAUGUUCAUAUGUAAUAUUACUUCAGUACAGUACAAGAUGUACAUGAUAAUUAAAAGGUAUAAUGUGUC